GCGUGUUUACGUCAACAGAGCGUGUGACGUUGUUGUCGGCUCGACCCUGUGUAUGGUGAGGGGAUUUGCUAGUUGCUCCAGUUUAUUUUUCCCGCCAAGCAAAAGAAGCAGAUUUUUCAGCGACCUGAGGUACCACAAAAUGCCUCGUAGGAAGGAAACAGCAGGACCGGCUGCCAAAAAAGCCCCAGCUAAAAGAAAGCUUGCAGAAGAGUUUCCUCCAGGAGAAGUGCUGACUGAUUCUGCAAAAAAGCAGUGGAAAUUGGGAGUACCUGUGGGACAGGGUGGAUUUGGUCGUCUUUACCUUGCUGCAGAAAAUUCUUCAAAACCAGUUGGUAAAGACGCUUCUUAUGUUAUAAAAGUGGAACCAAGUGACAAUGGGCCACUCUUUUCCGAACUUAAGUUUUACAUGCGAGCUGCUAAAUCGGACCAAAUUCAGAAGUGGAUAAGCUCACAUAAACUGAAAUACCUUGGCGUGCCAAAAUACUGGGGAUCUGGAUUGCAUAACAAAAAUGGAAAUAGUUACAGAUUUAUGGUAAUGGAUCGGUUUGGAAAAGAUCUCCAAAAAGUUUUUGAAGAAAAUGGCAAACGAUUUUCACACAAAUCUGUUCUACAGCUGGGUCUUCGAUUGGUAGGAAGUUUAUUUGAAAUGCUCCCAUUCUAA